AUUUAUAGGUUAUGUUUAUAAUUUGUGAGGUUCUUUCAUUUUUUUUCUUCAAUCUUUGGAAUAAUAAUAAGAGUGCAAUUUCUUUUAUAGCUUCCUAGAUUAAUUGUAUUUAAAGAUGUCUUUGCUACGUAAAUCCUUUUGUCUAGGUAGUCGAUUACUAGCAAGCUCCAAAGCACAACAUUUACUCACAGAUUCCAGAAGUAUUAAGAGGUGGGUAGCACCAACUAUAAGGGAAAUCAAUAAGAGACGUAAGGCACUCGGUCCAGAACCAGUUCACCGAAGAUCCGAACAUCUAGAAUGGAACUACGAUAUGGAAGUUAAAUGUUUUGUUAAACGACUUAGAGAACCGUUUGAUGAGAAACUGCUAAAAGAGGCGUUUGUUCAAAGGGAGUGGGCUAACUUGCAAGAGUUUCAAGCUAAAGAAAAAGGGGAUGAGUCAUUCUUACCUAUACUACACAAUCAUGAAUUAGCCGAAGAUGGUCAAAACCUUAUUUAUGACCACAUAAAAGAAGUAUAUUCAAAGUCAUAUCCGCCAGACAUAGUUAAUGCUGUAUGCAAUUACCUUACCACCGAUGAGAUGCUCGGCUAUAUAGCCUUGCAUUUGGGAUUCAAAGACCUUGUGAAGUCUGUGGAUUACCCUCCAGAGCCAAAAACCCUAGCGGACGCUUUUAGGGCAACCGUGGGUGCUCUAUCGUUAUCUUCCAAGGAGAAUCGCGUACCAUCUUUUAUAAAUGAUUUUGUAAUAGCUCAAAUGUGCGACAAAGAGAUCUAUGACAUCUGGACUCCCGAAAAACCUUACGAUUAUUUACUGAAACUGUUGCAAGAAAGAGGCAUUAACGAAGUAGAGCCGAGACUGUGCAACCAGAGUGCGACAAACACUAUUUUAGCAAACUACCAAGUUGGGUUGUAUAACCCUUCGGAUAAGAGUUGUUUAGGGCUGGGCUGGGGCGAGAACAUACAAAUCGCAAAAGAAACCGCCGCAUUAGAUGGAAUCCAGAGGAUUUAUAGUAGUUAUGUUAAUAAAUAAGUUGUAAAUAAAAUAUGUUUGUUUGGA